UUCAAUAAACCACUAAUAACUCCCAAAAAGGAUGAGGAAGAUAACCUUGCCAAACGAGAACAAGAUUUUCUGAUUCGUCGGCUCCAGCUCUUUACUCAUCUGAGGCAGGACCUUGAAAGGGUCCGCAAUCUUACUUACAUGGUAACCAGAAGAGAAAAAAUGAAGCGUUCUGUCUGUAAAGUCCAGGAACAGAUCUUUAAUCUAUACACAAAACUCAUGGAUCAUGAUAAAAGCAGUGCUGGUGCCAUGUCUGAGAGCAUUCUACUCUUCAACACCCAGCCAUCUAACCCAGAUGCCCCAAAAAAAUUGAAGAUUUAAAGUGGCACUCUGCUUUCUUCAGGAAACAACUGAGUGCCUCCCUGGGACGCACCAUGAAAAUAUCUCACAAAAAGAGCAGGGACAAAGACAGGUCAUCAAGCACAUUGAAGCCACUGCACUCACGUUCCAGCUGCUCUGACAAAAGGAAGGAAAUGCCAUCUGCUGAUUUCACUUAUUCUGCAGAAAAGGCCAUUGCCAAAGUUGCACCUGUACAGCAGAAAAACGAGACAAGUAUGCCAGACCAUAGGAAGCGGCGGGACAGUCGCUCCCAGUGUGAUCUUGUAAGAGCAGAGCUCAAGGAGAAGCCUCACAAGCAGCACCAUAAAGUUAUCAGGUCUGGAGAGCCGUCUGAUAGACAGGGAGAAAGCAAGAAGUCCACA